CAUUGUAGCCUGGUGAACAGUAAUUUAAUUGUACAUAGUCUACGAGAAAUCUCGGCCACACGCACGGUUGGCGCCUUUGAUCCUCUUACACUCGUACUCAGAUGGCAGCAUUAUCUGAAGAACAAAGGGAAGCCUUAAUCAAUUCCGCUUUUGAAGGAAAAGAGUUUUCAUACAGCCCCUACUCCAAAUUUCGCGUUGGAGCGGCACUUUUGGCCUCUGAUGGGACGAUAAUCAAAGGCGCAAAUAUCGAGAAUGCAUCAUAUGGCGGUACGAUCUGUGCUGAAAGGACCGCUAUCGUUAAAUCUGCUAGCGAAGGCAAACGAUCUUUCGCCGCUCUGGCUGUUGUCACCGAUGUGAAAUCUGCCAUCUCCCCCUGUGGCUUAUGUCGACAGGUCAUUCGUGAAUUCUGUGCACAGGAUAUGCCUAUACUGCUGGUUCCUGCUGAUUACCCACAAUUCAACAAGGACUCCGGGGAUGCAGAGAAAGGCGUGAAGCAGACUUCUAUUGGUGAACUUUUACCAGAUAGCUUUGGCCCGGAGCAUCUAGAGCUACCUCGAGGGACGGUUUGAUCAAUCUUCAAUCCUAAGUAACAAGGCGGCCAAGAUGAUAGUCAUUCAACUCCAUAUCCUUAUGUAGACAGGUCGGCACCACAAGAUAGAUAUUUCGGGAACGUCGCAGUGUUGCACAUAGAUACUAUUAUGCCCAUCGACUCGCAAUCAUAAAAACACAUAUGCCAU